UGUUACUGUUGGGGGCGGGUUGAAGCAGCGAAACCGUGCUGCCGUCGCAUUGAACUGAGGGGUCGAAAGAGAAGACCCAACAUUGAGAAAGUUGGAGGACCCGUGUAUUCAUUUUGUGAUCUGAAGCUGGAAGAAAGAGAGAUGGAAAAGAGAACACAAAGAAGGAGUUGCAUUUUCCAGGGCAGGUCUUCGCCAAAAGAUAUCGGUCGGUGAUGGCAGCCUGGGCACGUGAUCUGAUUGGUCAAUUCCUCGCCCCACUCAGAUGCAGCACAGCAGACAUCACCAGCCAUAGACCUCGACCAAACAAGCUGCAUCCAAUAUGCAAGAAUCCCAAGCCACCAUCUAUCCAAAUGUCGAGCAAAAAGAGGAAGGCACUGGAUGAUGUGGAACAAUCCGGUCGCAAGUCCCAAGCAGCUCCUGCAUCUCAACAGUCCCUCAACGUAGCGGCUUCAGAUGCUCACUUUCGGCACCUGUAUGAUCGUGAGCUCGACUUCAAACAACUCGCCGAGAAAGAUGUAAACUUUGCUGCUGUACUCCAAGAAAAUGGCCAUCUCGAUUUCACCGAGCCAAAGGCGGUCAUGCAGCUCACCAAGACUCUGCUGUCACUCGACUUCAACCUGAAGCUGGAGCUGCCCGAUGACAGACUGUGCCCUCCAGUGCCAAAUCGACACAACUACAUUUUAUGGCUUAAGGAAUUGGUGGACACCUCGUCGUACGAGCCACCAGGCCGACCAGCCUGCGGGCUCGACAUUGGAACAGGCGCAAGCUGUAUCUACCCCUUGCUGGGGACGACCCAGCGCCCAUCGUGGCGUUUUGUUGCAACCGACAUCGAUGAGAAGUCUUUGCAAUAUGCAAGGGAAAAUGUCGCGUUGAACCAUCUUGAAGACCGAAUUACUGUGUUGGGGCGCCAACCUGAAGACACCCUGAUUCCUCUCCGUGGCAGAGAAAGCGAGAAGGUCAUCCACAUCGAUUUCACCAUGAUGAACCCUCCUUUUUACGAGUCUGAGGACGAUAUGCUCUCUUCGGCGCAAAGAAAAGUACGUCCGCCACAUUCGGCUUGCACUGGCGCACCUGUCGAGAUGGUUUGUGAGGGUGGCGAAAUUGCUCACAUCAGUCGGAUGUUAGAAGAGUCUCUGGUGCUGAAAGAGGAGGUUCAGUGGUACACCUCCAUGCUAGGCAAGGCUAGCAGUGUCGAGAUUUUGGUUGACAAGCUCAAGGCCAAUGGAAUAGACAACUACGCCAUCACCGAGUUCAUACAAGGGAACAAGACAAGACGAUGGGCGCUUGGGUGGAGUUUCGGGCCGAUGAGACCAGCAGAACAUGUUGCCAGGGUGAAGACCAGCGGCUGGAAGAAAGUCUCGCCGCCAGUUUUGGCAAUUGAGGUUUUGAGUCUGCAUCCGGGAAGAUCAAUUGACCACGCCAUCACGAGGAUUAACGAGGUUAUGCGGUCAUUGGAGCUACUGUCGUGGAAUUGGGACACAGACGCCAGAAAGGGAACAGGGAGGACAAGAGAAAAUGUCUGGAGCCGGGCAUCGAGGCGGAAGAAAAUGCGAGACCAAUCCACAAGCUUCUCCGUGUUGAGUUCAGCCGCCCCGGGAUCUGAUCCAGUGCAAUGCCGGCUUGGGUUUGACGUUGCCGUUGAGAUGGGCGUCUCCACGACAACAGUAACAGUGCAUUGGCGGGAAGGACAUGACGCCGUUAUGUUUGAGAGCUUGGCGGGCUUUUUGCAGGGAAAAUUGAAAGAUUUGGGAUAG